AUGACCGCAGCCGACGUCUUCACCAAGCUCGGCUCGACGCAGAACCGCGACACGACCUUCCAGCCGCACCACUCGCUGCACCGCCCUCCUGCGCCUCCCGCCGUCACCACCUCGCACCUCGUCGCCGCCGGGGCCCACCUCGGCCACUCGCCGGCCAACACGCACCGCGCCGCCCUCCCGCUCGUGUACGGCACCCGCACCGGCGUCUCGUACAUCGACCUGCGCCAGACCCUCCCCGCCCUGCGCCGCGCCGCCCAGGUCGUCAAGGGCGUCGUCGAGCGCGACGGCCGCGUCCUGUUUGUCGGCAGCCUCAAGGGCGCCGAGCGCGCCGUGUGGGACAACGCCAAGCGCCUCGGCGACAACGGCUUCGGCGUCACAAAGUGGCUCCCCGGCACCAUCUCGAACGCGCGCGAGGUGUUUGGCUGGUGCGAGAUCCCGGCCUCGAAGCAGUCGAGCGGCGACCGGGACCAGCAGCGCGCGACGAGCCCGCUCGCGUUCAAGCCCGACCUCCUCGUCCUCCUGAGCCCGACCCUGAACCGCCACGCUCUUCGCGAGGCGACGGCCAACGAGAUCCCGACGAUCGGCAUCAUCGACACCGACCUCGACCCGCGCAGCGUCACGUACGCCAUCCCGGCCAACGACGACAGCCCGAGGGCCGUCGAGCUCAUUGCUGGCGUCCUCGGCAUGGCGGGCAAGGACGGCCUGCGGGCCAAGCAGGACAGGUGCGCCCACUCUCGCCUCCUCUCUCGACGACCUCGUCGAACGCGUCACUGA